CUCGUAUAAAACAGGAAUGGAUGACUCAAUACAGGUUAUUUUGUUCUUCACUUUUGCAAGAGAGCCAUCUAGUGGUUGACGUGCCAAACGGGCCUGUGUUUUGUGUGUGCUAGUGAUUUGAAAAACAAGUAAAAUGCCUGGUCGUCCUAUUUGGCAGUGUGCCGGCAAGCGCGAGCCAGAAAAAGAAAUCGAAGCACAAAGAUGGAUUGAAGCUGUGAUUGGUGAACGGUUUCCAUCUGAUCUUCCCUACGAGCUGGCAUUACGCGACGGCAUUAUUCUUUGCAAGCUGAUGAACAGGUUGCAACCAGGGAUCAUUUCGAAGGUCAACGUUUCCGGUGGGGACUAUAAACUCAUGGACAAUAUAAGCCAAUUCCAAAACGCUUGCGUAAAGUAUGGAGUACCAGAUGUAGACCUAUUCCAGACAACUGAUCUUUGGGACCAGAAGAAUAUUGCACUUGUAACUCAAACUAUUUUCGCCGUCGGCAGAACGGCCUACAAACACCCCGAAUGGCGCGGCCCAUUCCUCGGCCCCAAGCCAGCUGAAGAAAAUCGACGUGAAUUCAGCGAAGACGUUCUUCGUGCCGGAAAUACUGUCAUCGGCCUUCAAGCUGGAACAAACAAACUAGCUUCGCAGUCCGGACAAAGCUUUGGCGCCUCUCGUAAAAUUAUUCUUGGAAAGUAAUCUAUGGUUAUUUUGUACUCGGUAUAUCAUCUGUGGGUUUUUAUGUUUGUGGUAAUUAGAAUUUUCUUUGAAUAUAAUAGUUAUGGUUUUAAAUAAGAAAUACUCCUCCAGUCUAUUUGUAGAUUGUUAUAUACAUGAAAUAUACUCAAAUUAAUGUUCCUUGAUAAAUAAAUAAACUUAAACGUGCUACCAAAAAUUACUUCUAUUUUAUAUAUACUUAUACUAGUAUUUAUUAGUAAAAUGUGAUCUCUGUGACAUAAUUUUUAUAUUUUUUGCCGUAAUAAAUAAUAGAUUAUACCAUUGUGAAUGUAUCGUGUAUUUAUAUAUCUAUAUGUUUUAGACUAAAGUUCUAAAAACUAAGAUAUAUAUUACGUAGAUUAUUUAUGGAGCGGGACAUUAAAAUAUAAUCGCAUAAUAUUGUCUUUAGCAUGAAAUAGUUAUAAGGGCCACUGCAAAAUAAAAAUGAUGCAGUUUUA